AUGAUUGGUUCUAAAGUUUUGAGAUUCAGUGUGCCAACCGCCGUUAGAGAAUUAAGAUUCCACUUAUCACAAACUGGCGAAGCUAGUGUUCCAUUGAGAAACUAUUUGAGUGAACAAUACCCAACCAUAAAGAAAUCUAAUCCAGAAUUGCCAAUAUUGAUCAGAGAAGCAUUUGGCGUUCCUCCAACAUUAUACGCCAGAUUCGAACAUGGUAGAGAAGCCAAAUAUUCUUUGGAAGGUCUUAGCAGCAGUGCCAUUGAACAAACUUUAAAGAACUUGAAAUAA